UGAGAAUACGAGUCUACCUGUAAAAGCAAUAGUUUGAAAUUGUAUUAAUAAUCAAAAUGAUUAAUAUAUAUGAGUAAUGGGUCAUGUUAAAAUUAGUCCCUAAUCCUCUGCAAUCUAUAGCCGUUUAUAUGGAAAUUCUGUCUCCUCUAAAAGCCACAGCUGGUUGUGGGGAGAUUUUGCCAUCUAAUCUUGCUGGGACCCUUCAAAACUAAAGGAAUGAGGGAAAUGAGUCACUCUUUCAAUUAUUCAUUGGAAGAAUCCACUGAGUGCCCAAAUGUGCCUGGCGCUAUGCUGACCACUUUGGAUAAAAACUCUUAAGACCUGGCCCUGCCUAAUGAAGUACUCCUACUCUAAUGGACAGAAAUCUGGAAGGAUCUUCCUGCUUAAAAGGUUAGGAUUGAUAAGCCAGAUGGGAAAUUAAUGGAAUAUACCUAGAUAUACAUACUCAGGGAGAAGAUAGCCACAAAAGGUGGGGUAGAUAUAGAGAGGUAUGUAACUGGACACAAUUAUGACAGAUUAGCUGAUUCAACAAUAGAAACAAGAAAUGAGAGCUCACUCUUUACCCCAGCUCCCCAGUUACAGUGAGUCACACUGAGUAGUCUUGGUAGCCCAGCCUGGAUGAGGAUACAUUGACUAAAAGAUAAGCACAUUCACAGAACAAGAAGUAAGAAAUAUCACAGAAUUGACACUUAACUGGGAAAUGGCCAGGAAUUAAAAUAAGCAAACCGGAUCUGGAGAAGUGAGUGCAACUAUUAUCCCUCAUUCAUUUAGUUUUGAAGGAUCCUAGCAACAUUGGGUGGCAAAAUCUGCCCACAACUGGCUAUGGAUUUUAGAGGAGACAGAAUUUCCAUAUAAACUGCUGUAGAUUGCAGAGACUUGUAGAGAGGCAAAAUGUUUGAUUAAUUGAUUAUUUUCUUUAACUCUCAAAGAAGAAUUAUUUCCCUCCACCCUUCUACCCCAAGGUGUCAAAACUAAAAUGAAGUUUUGGAGCAGUUAUCUUUGUAUCAUUACUCUUCAAGCUGUAAUCAUCGUCACAGUAUUAUACAACGUGCGUGUAAGUCAACCAGACAGUGAUCAAAUGGAUGAUGCAGGUGGUGAAUAUCAAGUCCUUUCCCUACCGCACAUCUGUGACACAGCCCUAAAUGGGAAGACAGUGCAAGUGUUGCCAAGUGUUCUAUCCACAACGUUUGGAAUAGAUUCCUGCCCUUACUAUGUGCUGGAGAACCACUAUAUCACAACUCCUUUGUCCACAGAAGAAGCUGCAUUCCCUUUGGCAUAUGUAAUGACCAUCAGUCAAGAUUUUGAUACGUUUGAACGACUUUUCCGGGCUAUUUACAUGCCUCAAAAUGUCUACUGUAUUCAUGUUGAUAAGGCAGCCACGAUUGACUUCAAAAUUGCUGUGAGUGAAUUACUGGAGUGCUUCUCAAAUGCAUUUAUAUCCUCACAGUCUGAGUACAUUAUUUAUGGGGGCAAAUCCAAGCUCCAAGCAGACCUGGCCUGCAUGAGAGAUCUUAUAGCAUCAGCUGUUCAGUGGAGAUAUGUCAUUAACACUGGUGAUCACGAUUUCCCCCUAAAAACCAACAGGGAGAUAGUUCAGUAUUUAAAAAUGAUGAACUGGACAAACGUUACACCUAAUUUAGUGUCUGUUCUGAAAUCUACUGAAAGAAUCAAAUAUACCUAUAGAGAGUACAGAACCAGAUCACACGCUUUUGUCUUACGGAAACGUAAAAGGAAGAGCCCACCUCCAUGUCAACUCAAAAUCCACUUUGGUUCAACUUAUGUUGCCCUUACAAGGGAAUUUGUCCAUUUUGCGCUUUAUAAUAAAAUAGCCAUUGAGUUACUCCAGUGGUCUCAGGAUACGUACAGUCCAGAUGAACAUUUCUGGAUUACACUCAACAAUAUUCCAGGUGAGUGUGGUUUCCUUUCUCAUUUUUUUUUUUUUUGCUUGUUCAUUUUUAUUUUUUUGACCCUCUUUCAUUCAGAUAGAGAUUAUGGGCUUCGGAAAGCAGCAGCGAACUCUGGCUCCCACCAGAAUAGACACACCUUUCCACAUGGCCUUGAGUUUCAGCAACAAUAUCCAGUUAUCAGCUUUGGUGGCAACGACUGUAGCAUCAUGGCGGGCACUGCAGCACCAAGGGAGGCCCUGGGGUCUUUCCACCUGAAAGCAGCUUGUUCUGCUCAUUAGAACAAGUGGGGAUUCUGGAACUGCUAUUCACACCUCAAAUAG